UUCCAGUCUUACGGUCCCAUCACCCAGACCAGAAGGUUUCUCUUAGAGGCUGGCUUCUCACCGAAACUUUUCCGAACCACAAAAAUGCUCAUCCAUAAACCAUUCAUUGAACCCAAAACCUACCUUCUUCCCCCCACUGCCCAAGUCCCAAAUUCUCGCUUUCCAAUAAUUCAUUAUCAACAGGCUAUACCGAAUGCCACCCCCGAAUCCACAGCCGCUGCAAUCCAACCUAACGGCUGGUAUACAGGCGGUCAAUGGAAAGCGUAUUAUCAAGCACAUUUUCAUGCUGUAACACAUGAGUGCUAUGGCGUUAUUUCAGGUGCGGCUAUUUUUAGCUUAGGAAAUGCUCCGGGAGAAAAAGACGUGGGAGCAGAUGGGAAGGAAAUUGGAGUUAAGGUUAGGUUUGAGAGAGGUGAUGUAUUCGUGCUGCCGGUAGGUACUAAUAAUGCCGAUAAAAGGAAAGCACGCCAAUUGAAAUAGUCAGGUGUGAGUCAUUGUGUAUUUGAAGAUCUGGGAGGGUUCGAAUACGUGGGAUUCUAUCCUCCUAAUUCUGUCAGUUUCUUCCCCCCUUCUCAAGUUGUAUCUUGUUUUUCUACAUCAAGUCUGAUGAUCUGCAGGACAGAGCAGCAGCUGGUGAAGAACCUUUCGACAUGCAUCUUUGUAAUGCUUCUUCAGAGGAAACGGCCGCGUUAGCAGUUGUUGCGGCGAAAACUCCAAUUCCGAGUAUGGACCCUUUGUACGGUUUCGAUGGGCCUUUACCCACACUUUGGAAAGAGGCGGACCUUUCAUGGGCCAAGGGUAUAAGCGAGUAAAGAAAGAUCUGACUUUCGAUCCGUUGACGCAGUGGUCUCAGCUAAGCCUGCUAUAUCUUUGGGGAAUCAGAUACUCUUAUACUUCUGCAGAAACUUGAAUUGAUGAACUCUCAAAGAGACUUUCAAAAACGAGUUGACGAAAAAGUAGGUAUAACGAUGUUUAUGUAGCAUUUAUUCGACUAGCUCCCAAUCAUAUAUUCG